AUGUCGAACUACAAGGUUGCUGAUAUUUCGCUGGCCGCUUUCGGUCGCAAGGAGAUCCAGAUUGCGGAGGGCGAGAUGCCCGGUCUGAUGGCUCUGCGUGAGAAGUACGGCCCUUCGCAGCCGCUUAAGGGCGCUCGCAUUGCUGGUUGCUUGCACAUGACAAUCCAGACUGCUGUGCUUAUCGAGACCCUGGUGGCUCUUGGUGCGCAGGUCUCGUGGUCGUCGUGCAACAUCUUCUCGACCCAGGACCACGCUGCUGCGGCCAUUGCUGCUGCUGGUAUCCCUGUCUUUGCCUGGAAGGGUGAGACCGAGGAGGAGUACAACUGGUGCAUUGAGCAGACUUUGCGCGCUUUCCCGAACGGUGAGCCGCUCAACAUGAUCCUGGAUGAUGGUGGUGACCUCACCUGGAUGAUCCACAACAAGUUCCCUGAGCUUCUGGAGGGUAUUCGCGGUGUGUCGGAGGAGACGACCACCGGUGUCCACCACCUCUACAUGGCUGUGAAGAAGGGUGAGCUCAAGGUCCCGGCCAUCAACGUGAACGACUCGGUGACUAAGUCGAAGUUCGACAACUACUACGGCUGCCGUGAGUCGCUUGUUGAUGGUAUCAAGCGUGCUACGGAUGUCAUGCUUGGCGGUAAGGUGGCUGUCGUCGCCGGCUUCGGUGAUGUCGGUAAGGGCUGUGCUGAGUCGCUGCGCUCGUACGGUUGCCGUGUCAUUGUGACGGAGAUCGACCCGAUCAACGCUCUCCAGGCUUCGAUGGCUGGCUACCAGGUGGGUCUCAUGGACGAGAUUGCCUCGGAGGCUCAGAUUUUCGUGACCACCACCGGUAACCGUGACAUUAUCACGACCAAGCACUUUGAGAUGAUGCCGGAGGAUGCUAUUGUGUGCAACAUUGGCCACUUUGACAUUGAGAUCGAUGUUGCUGGCCUCAAGAAGAUCGCCAAGGAGGUUGUCAACAUCAAGCCGCAGGUCGACCGCUACACGCUGCCGAGCGGCCGCCACGUCAUCCUUCUGGCUGAGGGCCGCCUGGUCAACCUGGGCUGUGCUACGGGCCACCCAUCGUUCAUCAUGAGCGCCUCGUUCUGCAACCAGACCCUGGCUCAGAUCACUCUCUGGAACGACAAGGAGGGCAAGUACGCUCGUGGCCAGGUCUACAUGCUCCCCAAGACUCUCGACGAGGAGGUCGCCCGUGCUCACCUUGCCAAGCUCAACGUGAAGCUCACGCAGCUUACUAAGGUGCAGUCGGACUACCUCGACAUCCCGAUUGAUGGUCCUUACAAGGCUGACCACUACCGCUACUAA